AUGUUCCGUCUUUCAGAGGAGUCCAAGGAGCGCAUUGGCAAGCUCAUUGAGAUCUCGCGCGUUGCCCUUCACUAUGGCUAUCUCCCCUUCAUCCUCUAUCUUGGCUACACCCGCAGCGACCCUCGGCCAUCCAUGGUCCGCCUCCUCUCUCCCCUUUCUUAA